AUGACGCAUGGCAUCCUUCCCGGCCAAGUUGGCGUGGCUUUCAGUUUUGGCUCUGCGUUGGCCAGCCUCCCCGAAAAGUUGAACUCCUUCUGCUCCGAGGAGAUAAAAAUUGUGAAGGAAAAGGAAAAGUUCCCUCUUGGCUGCCAUUUUGCACACGCAGACGGUUGCCUGUCAGGCUCCUCCUCGCACUCCGUGCACUAUUUCUCCACUGCUGUGUCUGAACCCAAUCAGGGCUUUACCAAAUACAUCGCAGUGGGAUACGUGGACGGCCAGCUCUUUUUUCUGUACGACAGCAUCACCCGGAGAGUGCAGCCUCGAGCGCCCUGGAUGGAGAAGAUGGCAGAGAAAGAGGAUCCAGAAUAUUGGGAGAGGAACACCCAGCUAGAACAGCACAACGAGCAGGUGUUCAGAAGGAACCUGGCCGUCCUGAAGGAACACUACAACCAAAGUGGAGUUCCAGGGAUUUCCCCCCCUAUGUGGGGCCACCCCUUCUGCCCUUUUGUGGGGUAUCACCUCGCCCUCGACACAGAAACCCUCACCUGGACGGCGGCCGACCCAAGGGAGAAGGAUCCUGCCUUUGCCCAGACACUGAAGACCUACCUGGAGGGGAAAUGCCUUGAGGAACUGCAAAGAUUCCUGGAGUAUGGGAAGGAGAGGCUGCUGAGGAGAGAGGCCCCAGUAGGGAAGGUGACCCGCAUGUUCAUCUCCAAAGGGAGGGAGAUGCUGGUCUGCCAGGCCCACGGCUUCUACCCCAAGGAGAUCGAAGCCACCUGGAGGAAGGGUGGGGAGAUCAUGGAGCCGGACACCUUCAGGAGGAGCGUCGCUCCCAACUCCGAUGGGACCUACCACGCCUGGCUCAGCAUCGAGAUCAACCCUGAAGACAGAGACCUCUACCGAUGCCACAUCGAUCACGCUGGCCUGACUGAGCCUCUGGUCUUGGCCUGGGAAGCGCCUGUGGAGAAACGGUCUUGGGGUGAGAAAGGAGCUUUCGCAUGGGACGGUCAUGAAAAAAGGAGCACCAUCCUGGGCAAAAACUCUCUGCAGGGCUGUUGCAUGUUAUGGACCAGAAAAAAAAACAGGGAUGUGCUCUUCUGUGGGGAGGGAGGAAGGGGAGAGAUCUGUUCAGGGAGUUUGGGAGCCAUCUGUGGCUCUUAGUCAUGGUGCUGAUGCCUUGAUGAACUUCAAACCAUAUGCCUUGAUUGGU